GGGACGUCUAAAAUAGGAAAAUGGGAACCUUUAAAUGGGACGGAGAGAGUAUAACUUUUCAUAUUUGAAUCCAGGGCGUUGUGAGAGUAAUUAGGACCUCAUUAUCUCAAUACGCUUUCUAACAAAGAAUUAUUUUAUGUCGUACAGGCUGUACACUUGGUUGAUUAGUACUAUAAUACCAGAUACAUGUCUCUUUGUCAAAUAUUAAAUUUAUACCUGGAUUACUUGUACGCAUUUAGGCCAAUAUUCUCAUUGCUUUCAUAUUGCAAUAGAGUAUGGUUCAAUAUCAUCGUGCUCUAUACUCCUUUGAGCAACCGUACAAAUAUAUCAUCACUAUACGUGUAAGACAUAUCUUUCGACUCAGACACACUCUCAUUACCAUUGAGAUUUUAAUUCUGUGGAAUCAUUUGAACUUCAGGGCGUCCCCCAUUAAUGUUGAUUCAUGGACAUAUUUAGUCAGAGAUAAUCUCGUGAGAGGAAUUCAUAUGAUGACGAGUAUCUUGGUUUGUGCCUUAUCUACCCUCUACUACUUGUGGCUUCCCUCUAUUUCUUUAGAGAGUCACGACCUCAACCACAACCCCACUGCUUGUGGUUGCAAUGCUUCUUCCUUUAGCAUUGUGUCUUUUAAUUUGAAUUCAAGCCUUAUAAAUAUAUUUUACAGCUAGUGUAUGUGAUAUGAUCACUUACAUUGCUUAUGGCGAUUCUAAUCCUUUACUUCAAUAUUAUAUUUUGAAGUUUGGAAAUUAUUGUUAAGACAUGGUAGGGAUGUACCAUAAUGAUUCCUAUCAUUCAAUUAGAGAAUUAUCUAUUUUCUCCCCUAAUGACAGGAAAGUCGACUGUCUUAUCAAGGUGACAUUCCGCAAUGCAAUGUACACACUGUAUGGUAAGGCUAAUAGCGGGCUAUUGUUGCGGAUUUGUAUCCAACACAAAAUCAUUUGUCUUAUAAGACCGAUUAUAGUGCGCUAUGGGAGACGCAUUAGGCACGAUAAGUUAACAACCAUAUAUGCAUAAGUAAAACAUCUCAGGCUAAGAUCUAGUCAUCAACUGGUAUACAUAAAAGUGGUUGUCUACUAUCGGUCUAAAAAACAAAUGUGUAAGAGUGCUUUCAAUAUUGCAUAAUCCCAUGAAAAGAUUUAUUAACUAGUGUGUGCAUAAUAAAUAUAAUAUUCACCAUCUACAUUCUUUUAAAUGUGAACUUUAUUGAGAUUUUGAUUUUCACAUUGAUUGCAAGAUGUUUUUCAUUGAUCUCGACAAAUAUGCAAUAAUCAUCAAGUAUUUUUGAUAAGAACUGUGUAGCAGUAACAAGUCAUAUAGACUUGAUUGGUCGGGUGGUGGACCCUUAAAUAAAUAUGUUUUGUUGGAAGUUUUGCAAAUGCAACAUUUUUAUGUAACAGAAAAAUAGAUAGCAUGAGUAACUUUCUACCAAAUCAUAAUUACUUAAAUGACCCGCAUUUUGAUAGAUAAGUUCUCACAUCACAUUGUAUAGAAAAAAAAUGAGAUAUCUUUAUUGUUAUUUCCUUAGCAUAUAUGGACACGUCUCGAUAAGGAAAAUUAAUUUUUAAGUUAGAGAACCAUUGCAUCUAUUAAGCAGACAAAAAUGACCAAAUUGAAUGUGUUGCUGUUGGUCCUUGUUUUCUCCAUCCUAUCAAGAGAUCUGGUUCAAGUAGAAUGCAAGGUCAAUUGUU